UAUCCACGGGCCACGACCACCUUCAGACUUGGAUAACUAUAAAUAUUAUAAAUAUUAUAUUUUAAUCAACAGGCACUUUUUAAACGUAUUGCGGUUUAUGCACUUUAUCUUUUUUACGAACAAUAAUCAUAAUAAUUUAUAAUACUAGUUUUUCUUGUUUUUUAAAUGCGCUUUGCUCUUUUAUUAAUUAAUAAUAAUAAAUAAUAAAUUAAAUUUGAUCGUUAUAAAAUUUAGUGCAUAAUAAUGUACUUUUUGAAAGAAAUAACUAGAUAAAAUACCGAGCAAAGGUCAACUACAUGUCUUGGAUACGCGACAACUCUAUGACAUGGAUGCAACGUUUUUGCGCCCAAGUACUUACGUAUGGAGAGAUACCAAAACAUGUUGCAUUUAUAAUGGAUGGUAAUAGGCGUUAUGCUAAGAAAAAUUGUGUUGCCAAGAAAGAAGGCCAUGUACGAGGGUUUGACAAAUUAGCUGAAACAUUGCAAUGGUGCUUGCAUUUAGGUAUAAAAGAAGUUACUGUGUAUGCAUUCAGUUUGGAUAAUUUUAAGCGAACUCAAGAAGAAAUCGAUGCAUUGUUUGAUCUUGCCCGGGAAAAAUUUAAAAGACUUUUGGAAGAAAAAGAUAAAUUGAAUGAGCAUGGUGUGUGUAUUAAUGUUAUUGGUAACAUCAAAAAGUUACCAGAUGAUUUGGUUAAGUUAAUAGCAGAAUCAAUGCUUAUAACAAAACAAAACAACAAGACAUUUUUGAAUGUUGCAUUUUCUUAUACUGGACACGAUGAAUUAACGAAUGCAUUCAAUCAAAUAUCUAAUGGUAUUAAAAAUAAUGAUUUGGAGGAAUCAGAUUUAUCGGUCGAAAUAUUAGAUAAUUGUAUGUACACAUAUCCGUCCCCACCACCUGAUUUAUUAAUACGCACAUCUGGUGAGACUAGACUGAGUGAUUUUAUGUUAUGGCAGUGUGCUUACAGUUACAUUUAUUUUACAUCAGUCUUAUGGCCAGAAUUUACUGCGUGGGACUUUAUGAUUGCUAUUUUCAUGUACCAAAGAAAUAUUAGAGCAAUUAUACCUUUUAAAUUACCCACUAAAAGAUUGAGUUCAAGGGCUGAAAAAUUUGUUGAAAAUGUACAACAAAAUCGGUUAAAUAGUCUUUAUACAAUUGCGUGA